AAUAAUAGUUUAUCAGAAAUAUUUUCAAAUAAAGAUUUUAAUUCAAAAGAAUGGAUAAACAGUUUAUUAAAUCAAGUUAUUGAUAAUCAUAUUAAAACUGGUGUAUCAGCAACAGCAGCUUCAAAUGCAAACGCAUCAUCAAAACCAUCAACAUCAGUCUCAACACCAACAAAUAAUGUAUUUGAAAUUUUAACAGAUAAAAAUAAUAUUAAAAUUGAUACAGAUUUAGAGAAUUUUUGUUCCAAUUUGUUAUCAAAAAUUCAAAUAUUUCAAAUUGAACUAAAUAUGGAACUGGACGAUAAUAUUCAAGAAUCUUUAUUAGUUGUACCAAAGGCAAUUAGAGAAAUUGAUAGAAUUAGAAAAGAAAUCAUAAAUAUUAAAAAUAAAAUGAAGUUAAUCUCAUCGAAAAUUGAUGAAUUAAAUGCACAAUCACCGCAAUCAACUCAGGUGGUUUCAUUGAUACAGAAAUAUGACCAAAUUAAAUCAAGGAUGGAAAGCUCAAUGCGUUCGUUACAGGAAGCCGAAAAGCUCUUAUCAUUCUCGAGUCAAGUGGAUCAGUUGUUCUCUACAAAUGAUUUCUUGGUUAUUUCAAAUAAAUUAGAAGAGGCUAAACAAUCUUUAUCUGUUUUAAGUGACGUACCAGAGUUUAGAGAGCAAUCAAAGAAAUUUAAUGAAUAUCAAGACCGUUUAGAGUCACAGCUAAGACCGUUACUCCAAUCAUCAUUAAUAUCGCGUGAUCUAGAGGCUUGCAAAAAGUAUUUAACAGUAUUUACCAAAAUUCAACGUCAAGAUAAAUUUUUAAAUUGUUAUUUCUUGGUUAAAAAUGAUCCAUUAAAAAUAUUAUGGAAUAGUUAUUCAAAUGUCUCCACCAACAAUUCAUCUCUUCACGCAUGGUUAUCAAAAUUUUAUGAUGAAGUUUUAUUGAUGGUAAAUAAUGAAUUUAAAUGGUUACCCCAACUCUUUCCAACCAACUAUAUUGAAAUUUUAGAAAGCUUGGUAGUUAAUCUUUUUACAAUAAUUAAUCCAACAAUUCAAAGUAGAGUUGAUUCAGCAAUAACGAUACAGGCAGGUUUACCAGUUAAAGUUGAAGAUUUACUAUCGAUUUACAAAACAACUCUUUCAUUUAUUAAAUCAAUCUCAUCAAUUUUCCCAAAUUUAAAAAACAAUAAUAACAAUAACAUUAUCACCAAUAAAUUAUUAUCAAUAAUCAUAGAACCAUAUAAAUAUUUUCAAAAUAAAUUUUCAGAAUAUGAAAUUAAAUCGCUCAAGUACAAUCUAUCAAAUCUAUCAAUUAUAAAGAAAGGUGAUUUCCAAGCUACAGUCAAGAAUAUUGAGGCUCAGUUAAUACCUAAAUUCUUUCAAAUGGCAACACAAUCAAUUGAGAGAUUUCUCGAGUUUACCCACACCACCGAUAUUGAUAGUUAUGUAAAUUUAGUUCAAAAUCAAUUCUUUACCGAGUUAACUGGUAUUCUGAGAGACUCUAUCAACGAGUUAAAACAUAGUUCAAGUAUAAGUAGCUUUUAUGUUCAAGGUAGUAAUGGCAGCAUACCAAAUUACCAAAUAGCAACACCAACUUUAGAUGACAAAAAAUUGACCCCAACUCAUUCAAGAACCCAUUCUAGAUCAUCAAGCGGUGGAGGAAGUGGUGCUCAUGGUGUUGGGUCUUUAACAGGUAAUCAAAACUGGGAGUAUUUCCAAGGUUCCAUGAAUUUAUUACAAUCAAUUCACAAACUUUUAAUCAAGUUUAGUCAAUUCGAUAAUACUUUAAUAUUAAACAUUAUACAUUACCUUGGUAACGAUUCCGAUGUUAUAGUAUCAAACAUUAGAAAGCUAUUGUUACAAGAUUUAGGCAAAUUACACAAACUUCAACAAAGUAUAGCACAUUUAGAGCAAUUACAAACUAUAAAUCAAACAUCAAAUAAAAUAAAUUCAAAUCACAGUUCCACUGAAAAGAAAUUGCUGUUACAAGAAUCAUUAAACCAAAUAAAUAAGGUUUUAUCAAUCUCUCAGCACUUUGUUUAUGAAACUAUGAUUUAUUUUAUUAAAAAUAAAUUAAAAGAAUUACCCAAGAUUGUAUCAACAGAAUGGAACCAACAAAUGAAUAGUCAGCAACUAGCAAAUUCAAAUUUAACUUAUAUCACACAAAUUACAGAUCACCUUUUAACUAUACCACAACAACUUGACCCUUACUCGGAAGAAGAAUUAACGAGAUUUUCAUUGUCAGUAGCAUUACAGUUCCCAAUUAAAACAAGCUCGGUAAAAGAAGAUGACUUUUAUCAAAACUUAUUACAGCAAUAUCAAAAAGAAAAGCAAGAAGAAACUGAAUCAUUCUUAAAUGAAAAAUUAAAGGAAAGUGGUUUCAAUAGUGACACUGACGAGGAAGAGCAAGAUAUUAAACAACAGCAGCAACAGCAACAAUUGCUUGAUGAAGAAUUGGAAGAUGGCAUCGCUCAUCAAUGGAUUACAAUUGUUGCCAAGGCUACAGAAAAGCUUUAUCUCCAAACUAUUGUCGAAAUCAUUACCCUUAGUGAAUCAUCAUGUCAACAACUAUCAAACGAUAUUGGUUAUUUAUUUAAUGUUUUAUCUGCAUUAGGCGUUAGCCCAGAAUCAUUAUUAUUAAAAACCAAAUCAUUAUUAGAAAUGGAUCGUGAACAAUUUAUUAAAUUUUAUCACAGUAGUCAACAGCAAUCCUCUUCACAACUUUCCAAUGCCGAGAAAAAUAUUUGUAAUUUAAUUGCUAAAAUGAGAAAUAUAAAAUAA